GCCGAGGCGCACGGAGGACGGCGGGGACGUGAUGCGGAGUCGUGGCUUCGGCGGCCGCGGUGAAGGGGAGGAGGGGGCGCCUUUUGCUGCAACUCAAGACGGGACAUGGCGAAUGUCAAAGUGGCGGUGCGGGUCCGGCCUCUCAGCAAAAGAGAGCUCGCAGAAGGAAGAAGAAUAAUUGUAGAGGUUGAAGAUAGAGUGGCAAAAGUCAGAAACCUAAAGGUGGACAACAGAUAUGAGGGUGUUUGGGACACAAGGGAGAAAGUUGUGGCAUUUGGCUUUGAUUACUGCUAUUGGUCAGUUGAUCCUGAGGAUCCCGCAUAUGCAUCUCAGGAAGUGGUUUUCCAAGACCUUGGUACUUCAGUAUUAUCCGGUGCUUUUAAAGGAUACAACAUUUGUCUUUUUGCAUAUGGACAGACAGGUUCAGGAAAAACAUACACCAUGAUGGGCACUCCAGCAUCCAUUGGAUUAACACCUCGUAUAUGUGAGGGUCUGUUUUCAAGGGAAGAUGACUAUACAAAACAGUCAGCAUCAUGCAGAGUAGAAGUCAGUUUCCUUGAAAUCUAUAACGAGCGAGUCCGAGACUUGUUAAGGCAGUCAGGCCAUAAGAAGCCAUAUACACUUCGUGUCCGUGAACAUCCUGAGAUGGGUCCAUACGUUCAAGGUCUGUCUCAACAUGUGGUUACAGACUACAAACAAGUAGUUGGACUUCUGGAAGAAGGAAUAGCAAACAGAAUUACAGCAGCCACACACAUUCAUGAUGCCAGCAGCAGAUCCCAUGCUAUCUUCACCAUCCAGUAUACUCAGGCUAUAUUAGAAAACAAUCUGCCCUCUGAAAUUGCAAGCAAGAUCAACUUAGUGGACCUUGCAGGCAGUGAAAGAGCUGAUCCAAGUUACUGCAAAGAUCGGAUUACAGAAGGUGCCAAUAUUAACAAAUCAUUGGUUACUCUUGGCAUUGUCAUCUCUACAUUAGCACAAAAUUCUCAGAUGUUCAGCAGCUGCCAGAGUAUAAACAGCAUAGCCAGUGAAGUGGAUAGCAGUCACACAGACAAUAACUCUGGAGGCAGUAUCAGCAGCCAGAGGCGUCAAGCUUACACUCCAUACCGUGACUCCAUCCUCACAUGGCUUCUGAAGGAUAGUCUGGGUGGCAAUUCCAAGACCAUUAUGAUUGCAACUAUCUCACCUGCAAACUCUUGUUACAAUGAGACCAUGAGUACGUUACGGUAUGCCUCAAAUGCCAAAAACAUUAUUAACAAACCCCGGGUAAAUGAGGAUGCAAAUGUGAAGAUGAUUAGAGAAUUGCGAGAAGAAAUUGAUAGAUUGAAGGCAAUGCUGAUGAGUUUUGAGCUGAGGAAUUAUAGUCCUUCGUGGAGUGAUGACAGAGAAGGAAAUCUUACAGAAUUAGUUCUUCAGAAUGAACUUAAGAUUGAGCAGUUGACCAAAGACUGGACAGAUAAGUGGAUUAACAGGAAAGCUAUCAUGGAAGAAUACAGUGUGGAUAUCAACAAGGAAAAAGCUGGAGUGAUGAUAGAUUCCAGUUUACCUCAUUUAAUGGCCAUGGAUUAUGAUAUCCUUAGUACCGGAGUUAUGCUGUAUCAUCUCAGGGAAGGAACAACCAAAAUUGGAAGAAGUGAUUCAAACCAGGAGCAGGAUAUCGUUUUGCAGGGUCAGUGCAUUGAAAGGGACCAUUGCGUUGUUGACAACCAGCAUGGGAUUGUGACUCUGCGGCCUCUUCAGGGAGCGCAUUGCGUUGUGAAUGGUCAUGAAGUCACAGGUUCUGUUCGUUUGUCACAAGGAGCUCUGGUUAUUCUGGGCAAAGCUCACAAAUUUAGGUUCAACCACCCAGCUGAGGCUGCUGUUUUAAGACAAAGACGAUCCAUCAGUGAGUCCUCUUCUGUGGUGAGUUGCAGAUCUCUUGAAUGGCUAGAUUUGGAUGGUGACUUCCCUUCCCUUCCUCAUAGCUUUUAUCCAGUUGAAACAGAAAGCAGUGAACAGAGAGAUGCUGUACAUGAAGAAUGUCAGCCAAAGCUGAAGAACCAGGAGGUUCUUCACAGCAAGGAAAUUCAAAAGCAGCAACAGUAUGUUGAAAAAUUACAACAGCAGAUCUUGGAUGGGCAGAUCAAAGCUGAUCAGGAACUAGAGCAUGAUCAAGCCAUAAUCAAUCAGUGGAUCAAAGAAAACCAGCAGUGGCUCGUUGAUGAAAGGAAACGGCUGGCUGUCCAGCAACAGCAGCAGGAAUCUGCUGUGCAGACAGAAGUCAAAUCAUAUGCAGAAGUUGGAGUCCAGAACGUAUUGGAGUCAGAAACUGUCCCAUCCCUGACAGAGCAGAACAAGAAGAAACUGGUACAGCUAGAACUUUUACGGAAAUACUCUUUGAAGAAAGCAGAAAGACAUUUAAGCCGGAAGAAGGUUAAAGUGCAUCUUGAGAGGAUUGUGAAGAAGCAAAAAUUGCUAGAGGCCAAGAAAAAUCUGGAACACUUAGAAGCUAAUUGCUGGAUUAAUGAGGAUAAUGUGAAACAUUCCCAGUCUCUGAACCAAGAUACCACAGUAACUUCUGGGGACUUCAAGUGUUCACAGCCAGAAUCAGAUUCAUGCUCCUUGCAAUGCAGAAGAAACAGCUUUUUAAAUAAUCAGCCAACACAUUGCAGUUUUUUCUUGAAGAGGGAUCCCUCUCAAGUACCUACCUCAGCACACAGCCAUGGAUGCUGUGAAGUUAACCAAGGAAGGAAAUCACUGUCUGUAGAGUAUGUUCCAAGAGCAAUUAAAGAACUUUCCAAAAGAGAUAACAUUCAUGACGACAGAGAUUAUGCCUUCCCAACCAACAGACAGCAGAUCAGAAUUCAAAAGUCGUUAUAUUUGGGAAGUAAAGGAAGAGUGAACAAUGACAGUAGUAAUACAGAAGUAAUUUCUCUUAUCUGCAAAGAUAACGAAACAAUGGAGAAAUCAGAUAGCAAACCAAGGCAAACUAGAUCUAAAGCCCAGAUUUCUAAGACCAAUUCUCCUGACCACUUCAAGAAAAAAAGUGAAUCUGAAACAGGAAGACAGGUGGGAAAACUAAAAGCACUGGCAGAUUCAAAUCAGCAUAAAGGGAAGCACUUAGGAAAGAGUGACAGUCAGGAAGCUAGCAGAAAGACUAGAACUGAUACAAGAAAAAAGCACAAAACUUCACUUCCAGGAAAUUCCUCUAAGGAACAUACAAAAUCAGCAAUAUAUGGUGAACCACCAGAAAAGCAUCUAAGCCAAUCAGCAAAUAAUGUGAAAAGACAUUCAAAGGACAAACAUUCAGAGGAAGAGCUUGAACUCCUGAGGUUAGCAACUUCAGCAAGAAGCCUUAACAAUAUAAAUGCCCCCACACCACUCUGUCAUGAGGAAAAAAGAUGGCACAGUGCUGAGGUGUUGAGCGAUGGAAUCUCAAAAGCAGUUCCCAAGCCACUGAGAAGCUGGCAAGAAGAUGAUGACAUUGAGUUUUCUGAUACAGAUAGUGCCUAUUCUGUAGAUUCUCUUUCAUCUGCUAGUGCAAAUAUCCUGACAAGUCAACUGAGUCAUACGGAGUCAUCUGGAAUCAAGCACACAGUUGAGCUGGAAGGUUCUGAAAGUGAUGACAGCCAGAUGUCCCAAGAUUCUCUUUCAGAAAAAGUAAAGAAAACUGAAAGUCAAGAUACAAUUAAUUUUCUUGAGGUCCAUCAGGAACCUGUUAAUAACCGUCAGUCUGCCUCACUGUUAGCAAACACAUCUUUAUCAAACAAGAAUUGGACUAUGAAUGAAAGAAGCUUUUCUCUUGAUAGUCUAGGGGAUGUUGAUGAAGUUUCAGAAGAUAUAGCAGAGGAAUCCAAAUUAGAGUCAUUUGAUGAAGUUCCCGCAGAGGCUUUUUGGAAUUUGCAAAAUCCAAGGUCAAGAUCCAUAAAGAGCAACAAACAGCAAAACCAUGAGAUCUGUAAGGAAAGUGUAAAAAGACCCAAUGACUUGAAUCUGAAUACUGGUUCUUUUUAUCUGGAUGCACAGUCUAGUUCUAGUAGCAUUUAUGAUCAAUCAGUAAAAGAAAUGGAAAUUUGUGUUUCUGGACCAGAGAGUUCAUUUGAUCAAACAUCAAAUGCUGCAGGUGAAAACCUUCCUGUUUUCCCAGAUGCUUGGUUGUCUUGUGACUCAAAAAAUGGAAAGACCAGCCCCAUCAUAACAAUUCCUUCUUCCCAAGAUCACUCAGAGUUCCGGGUUGCUCAGCUUCACCCUAUUAACAAGUCAAACUGCUGGAUGAAGAAAGAUGACCUAAGGCAGUCAGCUGCAGAAUUAUCAUUUGUCUCCUGUUAUAAAAAACCGUAUUGGGUUUCUCAUGAGCCAGACACGAUAGAAACAUUUUCACCAUCAGUACCUUUUCCAGAAACAAGGAAACACCUUGAAAUUGAAGCUCCAGGAGCCAUGCCACCGUUUUCUCUGUCAACCAAAAACGUUCAGUUUGGUCAUGGUUCUACAUUUAUUACAAAAUAUGGUUAUUCUGAAGUUGCUUCUCCACCUGAGUCUAAUUGCCAGCAGCCUGAUGAAUUAUCUGAGGGUGGAUCUGCUACUAUACAGAAAGAAGACAUUUAUGUGAAUACUAAUUUCAAAGAAUGCCUCUUUAGAACAAUUGAAAAAGAAGACUUUGAUUGUGACUCUAACAGCAACAUAAGAGACUCGGAGGUAGUUGACUUAAACCCCAUAGAUAAAUCCACCUGCACGGUACCCAGUGGAUCUCCUGACUUGAUUGCAUUGGGUAAAGCACAGAAAAAGUAUCAAGGUCAUGAACAUUUGUUUUCAAAAGAGGGAGUAAAUUUAUUUAGUGAUGAAAGUUUCUAUCUCUGUGAUGCAUUAAGCAAGAGUACCAACAAUGAUGGGAAAGAAGAAUAUUCUAGUGACAAGAUAUACUUACAUGGUGGAAGUAAUUUUGAUCUGGUGCCAAAAACAAGAUACCAACAAGUGGCUGCAGAAGAAAUUGGUAUAGAGAAUAAAUUGUGUCAAAGUGAGAAAACAGAUUUUUGCCACAGUGAUCAGUUUGCUCUACCAAUACAAAUUUCUGAGACCGAGAGAUUCAGUAUGCAAGAAAAGAGAGAUGCUGUGACAGAAUCUGCUUUAGAGGUACCUUCAUUUAGAGAAGUAGAAGAAGAAUUUCAAGAGAAAGACUUGUGUUCAGAAAGUAACUGUGAAAUUCAGACUAAAUUAUUAACAAGUGAUUCUCAUUCAGGUUCAGAACUUGACUGUUCUGGAAGUAGUGUUAGCCAAAAUGUUUUGUUAACUUCUGAUGCUGAAAAUAUGAUGGAACAGACCAGUGAAGGGGAAAAGACCAUGCUCUCUUUUUCUGACCAGGGAACAUCUUCAUCUACUUCUAUGGAUUUGGUGACUGACAAAUCAAUGUGUUCAACUAUGGACAAAAAUGGGGGGGAAACUAAACUUUCAGUUGAUAGUGAUAAAUCCACUUUCCAAUCCAAUUCAAAUGUGCAUUAUCAAGACAUAGCUGGAAUGGGAAAAUAUGCUGGGAAAUGUCAUGGUUCCAUGACACUUAAGGAUGUUCAUCUCACCAAAUCUAGUUCUGUGGAAAAUAAUGUGAAUGAUCCUAACUCUGUUGGCACCACUGAUCAGAAACUCACAGUGCAACAGGAAGUUGAAGAUACUUCCUUGUUUGGCUCCAGUGUUCAGUGUGGCAAAACCAAAGCUUGGCAUAUACCUGCAUCAAGAGUGGGGAAGGAAGCUGCAGUUUUUCAUGUGGACUUUAGCAAAAAUGAUGGCUCAGGAGUGAAUUCGAAUCAAGCCAGAAAUAACACUGAAAAGGACUGUGUGCGAAUGCUGGGAAAUGAUGGAAUUGAAUCAGUCACAGCCUUCCAAGAACAGAAUCAGUAUGUGGAUAAAGAAUCAGAACAUCCAAAAAAUGGUGUUGAUACUGGAGCUUUAACUACUUCUGAAGAUAAUAAAUGUGAACUUAAUAGUAAGACGAUAAACUCUGAAGAACUUAUUAAAUUAAUGAAUAGUGUCAACAAGUUGGAAUGUGACAUAUUGGAAAUUAAAUAUAGUCAGAGGUUGCACAGUUACCAUAGCGGUGAAUUUCAAAGUGAAACUGUAGAGAGUAGGAUGAACUCAGAAAAUGUUAGCUUGGUUCAGAGUACCAGCGAGGAACAUUAUAAGAAGCUGGCUACAACAGUGACGCAUGAUGAAACAAAUAACCAGCUGAUUGAUGAAAACAAAGGAGAACCAUGUCCAGAAAAACCAGCAAUGGAACCCGAUAGCAUUAUUCAUUCAAACAGUGUUAAUGAAAAUAAAAUCCAUGAAACUGUAAAACAGAGUGAUUGUCCUGCAGACAUAGAAGCAAACUCUAAGAGCACUGUGCCGGCUGGGUGUUGUAGCCCAACCAUUUUUACUCAAAAUAUUACAGACUUACUUGACGAAUGUGAAAGAACAGUUCAGGUUGACAGAAUUUUAGAAAAUGUCCUGAGUUUUGAGCCCUCGGCAACUGCAAUAACCAUUGAGUGUAGGCAAGAAAAUGCUUUAACCUAUAGUGAAGAUGAUAAAUAUAUAUAUACUGACAAUGAGACAUCUGUAAUAGAAAGUUUGUUAAUGUACCCCACGACUGUUAUUCAAGAAAAUGAAGUUAAUGGGGAUGUGAUUUGUUCUGAAACGGUGAGCAAAGAACAUUGUGAUGCAACAGAAAAUGUGAAUUCCAGGUUAACUACGCUACACACUGAUGACAAUGUUGUACUGCAGCAAGAAAAUCCAGUACAUGGUUUUAUUAAUUGUGACAACACCAAUAAUGGAACAAAUUCUGAAAUACCAGAAAUAUACUUCAAUUCUUCCAAUCUGGAAGAAGAACAGGAUGUGCACCAGAUAACAGAAGUGUGUCUUGAUAUUAUUAAAACACAACAGCAUGAAAAGCCAUCAUGGCUUUGGACUUACACAGGUAUAAUUAAUGAGACACCAGAAGACAAUAGUAAUGGUUGUGCAUGUGACAACAGAGCUGUAAUUGGACAGUGUGGGAUUAAUGAAGAAUUUAAACAAACUGGCAGUGGUGAAAAUAUUAAUGGAUCUAGAAGUCUUUCUACAAAUUCUCAUGGAAAUAUUUCAGAACACAGUGAUACAAAUUUUGGUGGAAACAUAUGUGAUGAUAAAUGUAUGCCAGUUAACAGCAUACCUAAAGAAAAAGAAACCGUACAUCCAGCAAGGCCCCUACCAUUGGCAACAGCUCAGAAACUGGAGCAAAGUACUAAUAUACAAAAUGUGUAUAUUUUAAAAACACAAAAGGUUGGGGAAAAUUUGGAAGAAAAUAGAGAAAGCCUAGAAGUGGAUGUUUCACAAAAUCAAGCUGAAUUUCUAUUGGAGAACAAAAGUAGUUACUGGUUUUCAAACAAUGACACCGUGUUAAGUGAUUUAUCAGAAGAAAAUAAAAGGCUGCCUCUCAUUUUUUCAAGGAAUGAAAUUUUUGAUGAUUCAAUGUCCAUUAACCAAACAGGUCCGCUAGAACACAGAAAUCACAACUAUGGGUUAAGUUCUGCGACUGCUGAAAACCUUUGUAAUCAAUCUGCAUAUAGUUCUUUGUUUCCUGGAAUAAGUACAGAUGAAGAAAAUAUGAAGGGUGUCCAUACUAUAAUAAGCAGUCCUGAAAUGCUAUUAAGUAAUAGUAUCAACAAUGAAGUAGUUCUCCAGUACUAUGAAACACAAAUGGAUAGUGACUUGCAAGCUAGAAUGUCUGACAUUGUCAUGAACAAUAAAUGUAUUACAUUUCCUCCUGAUCAGUUAGAACAGAAUGGACAGGGGAAGGGAGACUUCAUAUCCAAUAAAAUGUCUAAUUACACUGCACCUGAGCAGAAUCCUAGUAUGGAUGACACAUUUUCAAAACCAUAUAUUGCAGAAUGCCAUGCAUCACUAGUAUCGGCUUCUACUGAUGACCCACAAAACAAAGCUAGUCCUCUCAAGACAUUGUAUUCUUCUGAAAGUACAAGUGAUGAGAUGGACAGGUUUCAAGGAGAAUACAGCACAAAAGAAGAAGAAAAGUGUUUAAAUUCAUUAAACACAUCGCAAAAAGAAGCUGCCACAUUAGACUCAUUAACCUCAGAUAAAACAACUACUUAUCCCUCUUCAGGUUUCAGAGAAGAUGUAGAAGAAGCAACACCAUUGCUACCAGAGCUUUCUUCUCAUGAGUGUUUUAACAGUAUUGUCAGUCAGAAAGAUUUAACUUCAUUAGUCCCAUAUGAACAGACAAAUAAAUCCCUAGGCACUGAUUGCAUCAAGACAGAAUACAGAAUGAAUAGUAUUGGAGAAAUGGAGUGCCAACCAGAAACUAAGAUUCGUGUGUUCAGAACUUCUAAUGAUCUCUGUAUGGGGUGCUUAAAUGACACUAUAGCAGUAUCUGAGGAUGGAGCAAAACUUUCAGGGUGUUCUGACCAAGCCCUAUGGGCAAAUGCUCAUUUUGGUGAAGACAAAGCUGCAGGAUGCAGGAUGAGUUCUUAUUUGUCUGAAUACUCUGCUAGUCACUUGAACAGCUCAACAGUGCUUCCCACGCAUUUGUUAGAAUGCCCUAUGGGCAACUACAAAGCUGAUGCUUUGUAUUUUGGGGGAAGCAAAUAUUUGGACUCAGACAUUUUUAAUGUCCCUGCCUCAACUGUGGGUGAUUACUCUGUACACCAGCAAGACAGCAAAAUCACUAAUCCUAGUUAUAGUACCAAAAAUGCUCAGCGAGUGGCGGAAAUGUAUCAGAAGGAAAACCAAGGUCAAGAUUAUUUCCCUGAAUGUCUACAUAAACAAGAAAAUACUAAGUCUUUACAGCCUGGGGAUUAUGUGGAUAGGACAGAAAUAAAAUUGCAAGCGGAAAGCUUGCUUACUUAUCAAAGUUUAGAACAAAUAGAUCUAAGUGACAAAGCAUUGCCACCUGCUUUGUGUUCAGUUGAAGAUACCCCCAGUAGUACUUUGCUUAAAAAUGUUGACAUUCUAGAGUCCCCAAGAUCACCGGAAGGCUUUACAUCUUCUCUCUGUCCACCAUAUACUGACUCACUGCAGAAUACUUUUUUGUCAAGAGUACAAGAAAGUCAAGCAUUUUGUCAUCAGGGUUUUCCAAAUGUUGCUUGCUAUUCUCCAGAUACCUCUUCUAGCCUCAAUACCAGUUAUAGUGAUGCCGAGAGACAUGGUCCUCUGAAUGCUGCUGCAUCAGACUGUCCUGCACUUUCCAGCAGUCUGAUGCAGGAAAGCCAGUGUGACAAUUCUGUGAUAGUAGACCCACAACCAUGUGCUUCUGAAACUACUUCAUUUUCUCUUAUGAAAGAAAGUGGUUGUCUCCCACUUUCUGAUACUAACUCUAGCUCUCAAAUAAACUCAGCUUUAGAUAGCAGCGAAAUACACAAAUUUAAAACUGAAAAAUUCCAUUGUGAAAGAGAUGUUUGUGAAGAACCAAAGGAUACAGCUUCAGUGCAGAAAGGCUAUUUAGAAAACAUUGGCAAAACUUUACAUCACACAUUGCAUUCAAGUCUUGAUUUGCAAGAAGACCAGAGCAUACCACAGUUAAGUAGCAGGGUUGAUUUAGACAACUUCCCUAAUACAAAUGCAGAUAAUCAUAUAAUUGCACAUAAGGUGAUGAAGAGUAAGAGAGAAUCUUUAAUGUCGGAACAGCUAAAUAUUUCAAUAGUAAAUGACAGCAUGUCCUCAAAGUAUUUACCAGGAAGCAGCUGUUUGACUUUGCAGGAAGAACCUGCACCAGAGAUAAUUAAAAGUGAAAAUGCAGUUUUUACUUCACAGAAUUUAAACAGAAGCAAAGAAGAUGGACAACGGCCAUGUUUGCAGAGUCAUAGCUUAUCAGCACCAUCUAUUACUGUUAUAUCUAAUUUUGAGUGUGCUUCAGAAACUUCUAAAGUCGACCUUUCUGUACAUUCUACCUCUAAGUCAUUACAAGAUUUAAAUAUGAGUGUUGAACCACCAUCUCCAACUGAGGAUGACCUGCACACAGCUGAAAGCUUAUCCAAAUUAAAGACAGACAGUGUGCCAGUUAAAUAUAAACCUAGAUUUCAAAAGAAAUCCAUUCAAGCCCAGAGGUCUAAUUUCUGUGAUAAAAGAAACUGUAGAGAGAGCACUCAGGAAAGCCACCCUUCAGAUCAUUCCUCUGCUCACUAUCCAGUAGCUGUUGCCCACACAACUGGCAAUCCCGUGGAUACAGAAACAGAGAAGUACUCAAAUAAUGUUUCUUCGGCACACCGACACGGUUUGAGUACACAUGAAGAUCUAAGACAUCAAAUGGAGACAACAGACAAUAAAGAUGCAAUGCACUUCAUUUCAAGCGAUAUCAACCCAUAUAUUCAUCCAUGGCAGCAAGAUGAAUGCUGCAAGAUUGGUUGGAAACAAUAUGUUUUUGGAAGUGCGAGUGAUGUCUCUAGUAACCAACCUCCAUUGAGUUUGGAUAAUCAAGUAGUUAUGAGGUGCUCCAGUGUGGAUAAUGGUUUGAAUUCUCAAAUCUCCCCUUUCCGUUCUCAUCUCAGUUCAUAUGCUAAUGCAAGAAUGUUAUCCAGCACCAUAAGUAGCACAGAAGAUCUCCAGGGAUGGGAUGUUGUGAGAGAAGGCUUUGACUCUACCCAUUCAGAUGAGAGUGGCAAGCCUUGUACCAACGUUUCUCAUGAUGAACUUGAGGCUACACCAGAAAACUGCAUUUCCAGGUGUGAAAAUGGUUCUCAGCUGUCUGGAAAUGCUUCCAUGCAAGUUGACGAAAUUGUUCUUCUCUACCCUUCUGAGUCGGAGAAAUCCUCCAGUAAACCACAAGAACUACUCACUUGUGAACGGGAAACACAGACAGAGGCACCAACAAGGCAUAGAAGGCAGAAGAGACACCGGAGAAGCAACACAGAUAUAUCUGCAAGAAAUCCUGAGCAGAGCAAGGAUACAUUCCAACAGCCUUCUUCUUGGUCAAGCAUGCAGAAUCUUUCCCUGCACCUUUCACAGCUGCUUCACAACACUUCUGAGCUGCUAGGAAAUUUGUCCUUACAGAAUGUUAAAGAUAGCGAACCAAGUGACCAUAAAGCAAUUGAAGAAAGCUCAAGAACCACUGUGACUGACAGCUGCACCCAAACAACAGAAGACAUAGGCAUUCAGACAGAUAUUUUAGGACACCCUCAGAACAAAGACAAGGAAAGGACAAUCAGCACGAAUGUGGAAAGUGAGACAAUGAAGUCUCAGGAGGUAAAUGUUAUUGUGAAGUUAGUACAUACAGAUACUGUAGCUCUGACUAAGGAGAGAAUGUCAGAAGGCAUGGGACACAAAUUGCAGGGCAUGCUUGACAAGGGAAGCCAUGAUGAUAUUCCAGAAGAUUCUUUUAUGCCUCAGCCUUCCUUAAGUAGAAAUUCCAGUUCUUCAUCAAAGGUGCCAAUAGUACCAUUACAUGCCCCAGCAGUACUUUUCCCUGUUGCAUCUUCACUUGGUUCUAGACCUGAGUCUUCAGAUGUUGUGGUUAGUAACCCUGCCUCUAGCAUUUCUCUGUCUCCAGCAUGCUACUCUCAGGACAGGAAGCCUGUUGGUAAAACUGACAUUCCAAGAAUAAGGAAUAAUGGCUUGCUAGUUGACCGAGCCUCUUCCCCAAUUUUGACUCUUAGUGCCACUCCAGUCAGCCAGCAACUUACAUCAGGCAAGUCUGCUUGUUCUUUCAAAGGAUCUGUUGGACAACAGAAACGUACUGCAAGCUCAGAAACAAGUUUUAGGGGAAAUGGUUCAGAUCCACAAUAUGACUUUGGAUCUUGGGAACCAUGUGUAGACUCUUCUUCACAAACUGAGGUGGACAGUGAGUCUACCACGUCUAGAGAGAGCAAGGAAAUGUACAAAAUGCCUGAAAAUGGCUUUGAUAACAAUGCAGCUAGAGAAUUUUCAGGUGCUUCAAAACAAAAACACAGGUUUACUAUUGACACGCAUACUGCAGUUCACACCAAAAGACUUUAUCAUUCAAGCAGCACUUUAGAACUUUCUAGCCAUGGGGAAUACUUAGUUGAUGAUCACAGAGAGGCUGUUCCAGUGGAACGUUCAUUUCGACAGAUACGAGCCACAAGGAGGGCGAGAAACUUCUCUGGAGGAAUCAAAUAUGAAAGUCCCAUUAGAAAUUCAGAAUUCUCACCCACUAAAAAGUCAUUUCAGAGAUCGUUAAAUGAGACACUAGAAUGUGUGCCUGAUUCUUUUUCUCCGCAACACCAACAGACAUGGAGAAACCAAAAGCACUGCCCUUUUCCAAUGUCUGAAAGGAGCGGUGUGCAAGAUGAUGAAGAUGACGAUACAGGAUCUGAUACUGAAAGUGAGUGUAAUACUGAAAUUCUACUAAGUGAGAAUACCUCCUUUGUAAAGACCCACAGACUUCGAAGCUACAGUCUUCGUGACCUGCCUCUGCACAAUAAAUUCAGCAACUGGUGUGGUGUGCAGGGAGGUUCUCGUUCUUCUUUAACUAGCCUGACUAGAAGUGCUGGUGAUAUCCACAGCCAGGCAGAAAGGAAGACCGUUAACACAAGAGCAUCUGAAGCAGAAGAGAGAGCCCAGCUUAGUGAAAGGAGAGCCAGGGAGAUUGAGGGGCUCCGAAGAGAGCGUGCCCAGAUUAUGUCUGGCAUACACUUAGAGAUGAACCAGCACCCUCUUACCGUGGAACUUACUGAAGCAAAGCUGAAUUAUGGCAUUGGAGAAACAGAUGCUCAACUGAGGAUUCUUCAGAGUGGAGUAGUCGAGGACUUGACAUCAGUACCCAUAAAACAGCGGCUCUAUGAAAGGCACAGGAAGUCCAUUGAAAUACUGAGAAAGCAGCGGGAGGAGAAGCUUCAAUGUUUCAGAAGGAGCCGUAGCCUCAGCCCACAAAAGCAUCUCAGCCUUUUGCAGACAGUGGAAACAAACCAGAGGGAUUUAGAUCUCCCUAGCCGCCGCCGUGAAUACCUACAACAACUGAGACGGGAUGUUGUGGAAAAUACGAGAAUUCAAGAACCAAAAAAGAUCCAGCACCCUUCGGAGAUCGAGUUGCUGCUCCGAGAUUACCAGAGGGCGCGAGAGGAAACCAAAAUGGAAAUUGCACGAGCCAGGGACAAGCUCCGGGAAAGAGCUGAGCAAGAAAAGAGGCGCAUCCGAGAGCAGAUGCACUCUCAACUACAAAAGGAAGAAAGCAAACUGAAGACCCUUGUAAGCACAAGCACUUUAUGCACAGAUUCCACCCUCAGUCUGUCUUCGGGACCAACAUCUGGAUACAACAGUAGUAACACAGCCACUUAUCCUACUAGCAUCCUUGGCAAACAAGAAUGCCAGCAGACUUCUCCCAAAGAUGCAGAACACACAAGAGACGAUGCAAGAGGCCGCUCAUCUAUCAGAAACCGUCAGCUUUAUGUACUUGAACAGCUUCAAAAGGGUUCUGCAAGUGAGACUUUUCCUAUGACCUCUUCAUCUAUGGGAAGGAGCAGUAUCCCGUCACCACUUGCUUCCAGGCAUAGGUAUUCUCAUAGCCUAGUAGUUUCACCUAGCACCUUCCCAUCCUCUCCUACAAAAGGAUAUGAAGAUCUGUCCAAACACGUCUUGGCCAGUGCUACUGCAGAGGUUAUGGCAGUAUGCUCAAAUGACCUGAGGAAUCUUUACAAUGGCCAGGCAACAGCUGGUUGGAAAUACCAAUGUGUGGAGAAGGAUGUAUUAGUUUAUUAUAAAGCCUUCUCAUCUUCAGCAACCAAACAUGGGUUCCUGGGAGCAGGCAUGAUCAACAAACCCCUUUCCACCGUAUUGUGCAUGUUGAAGGAUCCUAGUAAGAGACAUCUGUAUGACAAAACCAUUACCACAGCUCAAGUGCAUAAGAAAAUCACCAGCAACAUUGAGCUGGUGUACGUGGUGAGUGACGUUUCUUUGUGCUACCAGAAGCAACCAAGAGACUUCUGCUGCAUCUCUGUAGAAGCCAAAGAGGAUAAUGUGUGCAUCCUGGCCAUUCAAUCUGUGUAUGAAGAAUCAAUGCCUCGUCCUUGUAAAGAUAUGGUACGAGGGGAGAUUUUGCCCAGUGCUUGGAUAUUAGAGCCUGAUAUGGUGAAUGGAAAAGAUAUCACUAAAGUUAUCUACAUGGUACAGGUUGACCUUGGUGCCCCAGCCAUCCCUGCAAGGCUUCUGAGCUCCAUUGCCAAGCGACAGCCUUUGGUGAUUGCUAGGCUUGGCCACUUUCUGGCUGGUUAGGUAUGUGUGGUAUGCAUUGUCCACAAACUCAAAAUGUAAGAUACCAGCAAUGCCAGAACUUGUUUUCUAGACAGCUCAAAAAUGGGAGGACAAAAGAAAUCCUAGGAAAGCUCACUGCACAACACAAAACCACUAAGGAGCACCUGCUUUCGAUAUGGCAAUCAGAGACCAAACCUUGAUGAAGCACCUGUCGUUCGGCUGAGUUUUCCCAUUCAGCCUUUUAGAGAAAUGCAACUUCAACAGAAACAAUGGCCAAGUGAAAAGUGUUCCUUUUGCAGACUACCAACAUUGGCAGGCGAAAGCCUUCUUGUAACCACUAGCAGUUUUCAGUUGAAAACUUUCUUCAUUCAGACUAUUGGAAGACUGCUGAUGCUGUAAGCCAUGUAAAAAAACUUGAAACUUAGUGAUACGUUUAUUUUAAAGGAGCACUUCACCACUGAAGCAAAACUACUGUAAUGUCCUUUGCAGAGUGCCUGAACACAAGGGUACUUGUGAAUGAAGAAUGCAUUGUAGUAAUCAUUGUACAAUGUCAGCUUACUGAUGGGAUAAAUUUCCAGUCCUGUCCAGGGGAAGUGAGGGUAUACCAAGUUCCAGGCAUUCAACAAGAGUGGUUGGUGUGAUAGCUCAUGUGGUCACUGCUUGCCCUCAGUCAGAACCAUAACUCAGGAAGAGACACGCUGUUCUACUUCGGGAUCACUGCGCCACAAGCCUAAGGGGUUGAGCCACACCAAACCAACAGCUCAACACAAGAACAGGGACUAGUCUACUGUAGAGCACCAACUGCUCUUUACUUAUGAAUAGAAACUUCUUAUACAUUCUCUAGUGAAGCCAUUAGAUUAAAAACUCAUCAAAUCUCUGUAUCAGCAGCAGGUUAAAUUAUUGUGAAGAUAAGAUCAGAGCAGGGCGAAUUCACUAAGAUGCUUGCCCUACCAAGAUGAAUUUGAUUUUAGGGGUCAGUGGAAGCAAGCCCAUGCAGAGCUUGUCUGAGGUCCGGGGCUGGGAAAGCAUAAAGUGAUAAACAAAAACCAGCCAGUCCCUGGUGGGGCUCCCUGGCUGACUUAGCCCUCCAAGGGCGAGGGUACCUAGCUGCCUGCCCCCUCUGCACAGGCCUGAGCGAGAGUUUUUCUUGCUCUGCUCCCAGCUCCACCAUGCUUAUCGGUAUUCCCCAUGACUCCUUCCUCUUUAUUACGUAACUGCACUUUCUGCUGCUCAACGUCUCGUCUGCAGUAACCCAUCAAACCCAAUUAUAUCAAAUAAAUCACGUUAUGAUUUGUUCCACUCCAAUUGUUCGUAGUGAAGGAAUAGCAUUAGCAUUCGCUUUCCCAGCCCCCCCCCAACUUACUCUAUAGUGUCCAAAAGCAUGUUUUCUUCAUGUGAAGGUGUAGACAACUUGAUUCAGGUUGUUUCUAAAAAUAGACUCCUAGCAAGCAAGUAGUACAAUGGCAUCGUAUUAUAGCUAUUGCAUCAUUUUCUGCCAGCCUGCUUUUUGUCCAUUAGGAGCUUGCUUCUCGAGCAGUUUUCUUAGAACUUUUCACUGCUCGGAACAUGUUUGCAGCAUUCCAUGUGAGUUAACAGGACCAUGAGCUUUCUCCCCUUUGCUGCAAUACUUCUCUAGCUAAUUAAGUGAACCUCUUGUUUCUCACAACAGAAACGAGGCAAAGACUAAGGCUGUUUGCAUACACUGUUUGUAUGUGAGCUUAAUAAGUAAGCUUGAUAACUGCUAUAUAGUAAUCCCAAGUAGUUGUGUACCGGCACCAUAGUGUUUCUUUAACUCCUUCCUGCUGUGGCAGAAGCGUGGGGAAGAGGGACAAUCCCCUUCCUGCCCCGAUUGGUAGACGUGCCUUGUGCUCUGGGAUGGUGCUGGCUGGAGCCUAGCACUCCCGUGUUUUCAAAAAAUAGGAGUGGUACUCUGCUUCAAAUUUCAGUAAUUUCACAACUUUCAUUUACCAUAGCUGCUGGUUGUGUAGAAAAGCUCUUAGUGCCACAACUGAAGCUGUUGUCCAAUGCACAGUUACUUCAAGACACUUACGUUGACUCUAAUAGGGUUUGCUUCAGAAUAAACAGGGAUAGGAUUGUUAACCCGUCAGCAUCGAUGAUGCUAUUACAGUUAUCAAGAAAUCAAAGCACAGAAAUUCCAUUUGGUAAAAAAGAGUUUGGUGAAAUAUGCCAAAUACAGUAUUACGGAAAUCCUGUGAGGCAAUUGAAACUGGAAAUGAUCUGCAGAAUCAAGAACACCAGCUUAGCAUUGCCUAUAAUUAUUUGUGUUGGGGGUGGGGUGGGGGGUAUUCUGUAAAUUGCCCACAGUACCAGCAAUCACAUAAUUUAAGAGGGAACUAGCAACAUAUUUUAGGAGAUAUUUCCAAUCACUGGCCAAGUAUUUGCUACAUUAGUUUCUUUUUAAUUUUUUUGGACAUGGCACUCUGUUAACGAACCAAACAGCUUUAGCAGGAACAACAUCUAAGAUGGACUCUACUCUCAACACAGAUGGUGCCUAUUGAAGGAUAAUGUCUUAUUGUACAGUGCAUCAGAUGUUUAUUUUUAUAAUUGCACACAGUUUUUCUAUGUUUACAAAUUAAGUUAUUUAUAUAUGGUUUUAUAUGCUGAAGCUAAUUAUUAUUUUUCCAGGUAUUCGAUUAAUGUAUGCUUUUUAGAAAUACUUGAUACUUCAAAAGUACUAUUUAUAUAAUAACUGGUUUCUUUUGCAACUAUAACACUGUGGUACCUGUGAAUGCCUAGAAUGAGAAGAAUAGUCUUAAAGUGAGGCAAAACUAUUUUCUGUGAAAUCUUCUAUUGAAUGUGGGGGGAAAUAUACUCAGUUACUGUACCAUAUCUUUCGCUCAUAUCUGCUUUUAACCAAGAUUGCUAUUUUCAUAUCCUCACAAUAAAAAUAAUUUUGUAUAUAUGGAAA